AAAAAAACCAACAUCCUUAAUUGAUGUCAGUACAUACAUAUAUUAUUCAUAAUCAUUUGUGAACAAUACGUAUACAAUACAGAUUUAACUAACAAAUAAGUUUUUGUUAUGAAUUAACAUGCAUACACUCGCAUGUAUUUCAUUAAGAAAUCAUGAUUUCUUUAAAUAAAGAAGAGUACGAUUUACAUUUGAUGGAGUAUAUUAAUAAGAGUACAGAACUACAGAUUAUUAGACACAUUUUAAGUACAAAAACUAACAUCCUUGAACUCAAAAAAGAAAUACUCAAAGAAAAAUAUAAAGAUUUGGAUAAUACAAAUUACAAAGUAUGGAUUACCGAAGAUAAAUUUUGUAAUGAAAUUUGGAAUUUUUCCUUGAGACAUAAUUUUAAUUCUUUUUUCAAUCCAAAUCCUGAUAUUACAAAAAUAAAUGAACGUCACGAAUGUAAAUAUAGUACUAUAAUUGAUAAAAAUUCAAAUUAAUAACUACAUCGGAAAAUGUUUUGAAUACAUGUAAUAUAAUGACAAAUCGGAAAUUAAGUACGAAUAUGAUCGAAGGAUUUACGAGUGCAAAAUUGUUUAAAAAAUUUAAUUUUCGUGAUAAUAUUUUAACUGAAAAUAAACUAUCUUCUUCAUCUAAAAUUAUCGAGAAAUCUAAAGAGGUAUCUAUGUAAUAUAGCUAUUAUUUGUUAUAUGAUUUAUGAAAUUGCAUUUUUCAUUAUAUUUUCAAUUACAGCAUUAUAACACCAAACAUAUAAAAUUUGGAAGAUUUAUUAUGAAAAAACGAAGUCUUAUUUCCCUUAAGUUUGAAAAAAAGUGUAAGGAAUUCGGGAUGAGAGAAUUGAAUUAAUGUAUUUGUAAAAGUACUUCAUUUUUUGAAAAUAAUGCAGUAUAAUUGUAUUACGAAAAAUAUUAAUAAAGCUUUUCUACAAAUUAAUUUCAGUAUUAAACAAUUGUAACAAAAUCAGAAUUCCAAAUAUGUUUAUAUUAUAUUCAUAUAUUUAGAAAUAUACAGCAUCCUAUAUAGUCAUAUAAAAUUACAUUAAUAUCAUUUUAAAAUUAUAUACAUAAUGUUGCAUUUGAUAGACUAUUCAACAAGAUUAUAAUUUCAGAAGUAAUUUAUUUUAAGUUUCCAUACAAAUUUAAUCAUUUUCCAAUUAUACUAUAGUAUUACUUACGUAUUUUAAAACUGUUGAACAGUUUAUCACAACAAUUUGUAUUGUAGCAUUCCUUUUGGCAACUUUUACAUAUAUUCUGAUAUUCAUUUAAUAUUUCAAUGUGUGUUAAACAUACACAUAUAUUGUUAAAAGAAAAUAAUAUUUUAAUUUUAAAUAACAUUUUGUAUAUUCCUUUAAUAAAGAAGGUAAAUGUAUGAUAUUUUGUAAAUUAUAUACACUAGUAUUGUUUAUAACAUAAAGAUAGAUAAUACAAAGAUAAGCAAUUUGACAUGAAAUUUAUAAAUUGACAUUGAUAUCUGUAACUUCAAUUAAUUUAUAAGUUAUUAUUUAAUAGCAUAAAACUUACAUUAGUGAUGUCAUCUACAAAAUUUGUUAUUGCAUAA